AUGGACUACGUCAACCACCGAGUUGUCGGCGAGGCCGCCCGAGCCUCAAGCACAUACACCUCCUUCGCAACUCCUCUCAACGCAAUCCUCGUCGCAAUAACCUUGUACACCACCUACAAGCUCUACAAGCCGCAGCCGCCUGUCACGCUGCCCCGAGAGCCCCCCGCCGUCGUCUUCAAGACCUUCACCCCGCGCACCCUGUUGCCCUACAACGGCCAGGGUGGCAUGCCCGUCUACCUCGCCGUCCGGGGCCGUGUGUUCGACGUCACCUCUGGGCGCAACUUCUACGGCCCCGGCGGCCCCUACGAGAAUUUCGCCGGCCGCGAUGCCAGUCGUGGUCUCGCGUGCCACAGCUUCGACGAGGACAUGCUCACCAAAGACCUUGAUGGACCACUUGACAAGCUGGAGGGACUUGGUGCCGAGGAGAUGGACAGCUUGAAGGGAUGGGAGGAGCGGUUCGACAGCAAAUACCUUGUUGUCGGCCGGCUCGUUGCCGAGGGAGAGAAAUGA